AUGGGCUACCAGCAAGCUAUGUUGUACAUUGAAAACUUAAAAAAUCUAAAGAAAUUUUUUUGACCUUAGGGACGGGGACUUGAAAGAAUUUUGCGUGGGUUGAAUCGUAUUGUCUCAUGCCAGUGUUAAUUAAAAUGCGAAUGGAUUAAUCAAGAAGUGAAUAUAAUGUAGGUUUCAUCCAUUGUUCAUCAACUCAUGAGACAUUCUGAGGGCGAAUAUUCAGGAAAUAUUGCUUACGCUCCACAUGAAACGCCUAAGUUGUCAAGCCUAUCUUAAUCGGUUCUUUUCUAUUUUUCAGUUUGGAUUUGUAUUUCGGACGGAAACUUUGGGAUUCAAUUUCAGCUGAUUUCACCUGAGUCUGAUUUCCUCCGCAGCACAUCUCAACUUCAACCAUCAAACGAAAGGUUAAUACUCCUGUUUGUCUGGCCCCCUGUGCCAAUCUUCCAGCUUGCAACCCUGGCGAAUCCAAUUACUCCAAUCAUGGGUGACAACCUGGCUCUGAUAAUCAGCUUCAUAUUUCUUUCAAGUUUAGUCUUCGUGACAAACUUUACAGUAUGUUUGCUGGUUUACUUGCGCAAAAGUAUGAGGACUUAUACCAACGGUUUCGUCGUUUCGCUGGCAUUUAGCGACAUGUUGAUCGGUAGCAUAUUGAUUCCUGCCUCGCUUCUGAUUCCUGAUUCUAAGAUAAUGGGUUAUUUGGUUUCAAUAACUCUUCUGUCUGGGGUCUUCAACUUAGCAGCAGUGACUUUCGAUCGUUAUAUUUCCGUGUUAAAAGCUUUGCAUUACGAAAGUCUUAUGAGAAAAAACUUUUUAAAGAUGAUUAUCUCUGCAUGGGCCGCAGCGUUACUGAUAUCUCUUGUCCCCCUCAUCUGGGACACAGACGGGGAUAAGUUAGUACACAAAGUUUUUGUCCUUACGGUGCUGACUCUGUGCGUUUUGGUAACGUACAUGUUUAUUUUUACAGGCUACUUAAAAAUAUUUCAACAAGUCAGACGAAGUGUGGCGCGCGAACGAGCAAUAACAGCUUCUGUCAGGAAAAAUUUGCUACGUCAGAAGAACAAGAUUUCUUCAGAAGCAAAGCUAGCACAGGUCUUCAUCAUAGUCGCUGUAAUGUUUGUUCUAAGCUGGUUGCCAAUACAGUUUAUGACAGUCGCAUAUGAAAUUGGGCGUCGCGACCUCAUUCCUAAUCACCUAAGUACUGUCUCGCUCUUUACGGUCGCUCUGGGAUCUCUUGUUAAUCCAAUUGUGUAUUCUUUUCUCAAGCCAGAUUUUAGAAAAUGUAUUCAAAAUGUUUUUCGUCAUCGUAGGAGACGUUUCGGUAGAAAUGGAACUCCGGCUGGGAGUCUGAAGUCAACGUCUAGCACAAAGACACGAUCAACAACGUUCGCGAAAAACGCGGCUGACACGCGUGUGUGA